AUUUUACUUUCUUCUUCUCAAAUAUUAUUUUUUUCUACUCUAUCCUUAGGAACUCUUCUCUCCAUUUCAUCUUCCUCCUGAUUUGGAGCUUGAAUUGGGCUUGAACUUAACCUUUUAUCUUUUAUUCCUCUAAUUUCUUCAAAGAAUAACCAAUACUCAUCAGAAGCAGCUCUAAAAUAUUUCUUGAUUCAAGCUUUAGGGUCAUCAAUUAUUGUUAUAUCAGCUUCAUUUACAAUAUCAUUUAAUGAAUUGUCUACACUACUAUUUACGGCUGCUCUUCUUUUAAAAUCUGGAGCUGCCCCUUUUCAUUUUUGAUUCCCUAGAGUAAUAGAAGGAUUACAAUGGCCCCAAGUUAUUAUUCUCAUAACUAUUCAAAAAAUUGCUCCUCUGUCACUACUAUCUUAUGUUCUAUACUCACCAAGUUUACCUAUUAUUCCAGCAGCUAUUAUUACAUCAGCUUUAGUAGGAGCCAUUGGAGGUAUUAAUCAGACUUUUCUCCGUAAAAUUUUAGCUUACUCCUCCAUUAAUCAUAUAGCAUGAAUAAUAUCAGCUAUCCUAAUCAGAGAAACAAAUUGGCUUAUCUACUUUUCCUUUUAUUGUCUUAUUUCUACUUCUAUCGCCAUCCUUUUUAAUUAUCAAGAAGCUUUCCAUAUUUCUCAUAUCUUAAAUCACUCUUCCCAUUCUUCCCAAAUAAAAAUACUGACAUUCUCAUCCCUUCUAUCGUUAGGAGGUUUACCUCCAUUUACAGGAUUUAUCCCUAAAUGACUUAUUAUUCAAGAGAUAAUCUCUACCCAUAUAUUUAUCACUCUCGGUAUUCUUUUAGCUUCUGCUCUUUUAACUUUAUUUUAUUAUCUACGAAUUGCUAUAACAGCCUUUACAAUCUCAAGCCCCAAGACUAAAUGAAGUGUCAAAUUGGUGGCUAAAUCUUACUUAACACCUUACAUACUAUACUUUAACAUAUUUGGGUUGUUAGCUCCCAGAUUGUUUAUAAUCAUUUUAU